CUGCUAAUGUAGGCAGUUAGUAAGGCAUUUCUGUUUGUGUAAAUACAUGUUUGCAGCUAGAAUAAAAAGGCUGACAGUGUUCUCCAGAGAUGUGUUUUACUGGACUGAGAUGUGUGACGUCACUCGGUGACAUCAUGAUGAAGUGUUUCUGGUCUGCAGGCGCAGGAGCUGCUGCAGAUGAUGAUGAUGAAGAUUCUCGAUCCGCACAAGGUGUUUAAAGCCUCAGUCGUGUUGGAGACCUGAUUGGAUGGAAACACUGAGUGUCAUGGCUGUUUCAUGUGACAGAACUCAGGGGCAAAGGGGGAAGCUGGCCUUGCUCUACAUAUGUGUGCAAAAAUGAGCAGAAAUGAGCUGCUUCACUAGUAAUUUCACAUUUACAGAUCCUUCAUCUGGUUACUGUGGACGUUUGUUGCUGCUGAUUGAUAGCCAAACAUGGCAAAGAAAGACUAUCUUGUUGACGCAGCUCAACAGAUUCGAAUGGCACUGGACAGAGAAAUCAACGAGGAUUAUGAAGCUGCGUUCAGCUAUUAUAAGAACGGAGUGGAUUUGCUGCUAAACGGAGUUCAAGUGGAUCCAAAUAAGGAGAGACGUGAGGCCGUAAAGCGGAAGACCACUCAAUAUCUGAAGAGAGCCGAGGAGAUCUUCAUCUCUUACUUACAGGACAACAUCACUAAAGGAUCUGCUCACUUAGGAGGUUACAGCAGCUUACGGUUUCGGUCGAUCAGACACCUCAGCUCACCGGUGGAGGAUCUGGCUGUGUGCAGAGUUACGGGAAUUAUCGAUAAGGUGCUGACGGUUGAAAGUUUGAUCAGCAAGGAGACAUUUAUUGUUAAGAGUUUACCCAAGUCCAUCUGGGAGAGUCGUGAGAGGUCAACCAUUAUUCCUCAGGGUGUUCCAUUCAUGGUAAAGUUGCUGAAGUACUACGUCAGUGAAGACUCUGUGUUCCUACAUCUAGAGCAUGUUCAGGGUGGAGGGCUCUUUUCCAGACUCCGCAGGGUCAGAAGACAAGCAGUCAGGGAGCAUCCAGAGUGCUUCAGUCCCAACCAGCACAAGAUCCACCUGAAGAGCAGCUACACUCUCCCUGUGCUGAGCCAGGAGAGUAACCUAAAUGAGAAUUUUGGGAUAACAACACCUAUUGAGAGGCCAGGAAGCCUAGCUAAUCAUUGCGUUGAGAGCUGUGGAACCCAUUCUUAUUGCAAAGAUACAGGUCCGUAUGCAACAAGGACUUACGAUGCCCUUGCCUCUGUCGGUCUUUCCAGUGGUCAGAGUCUUACAUCUUCAUCUCAGGAUAAUGUUCCUCUCCCUGUUCAUCCCUGUGUAAUCGUGGACGCUCGGGAUCCUCUUGAUGUCACUUCUGACCUUCUUGGAAAUUAUGUCCGCUUCGAGCGGAUUGACUCUAGCAUAGAUUUGAACAAAGCUUGGAAUGCUUUGGAACCUGCUCAGGACUGUUGGAGUUUUGCUCUUCCAGGGUCAAACUCUGAUAUUCUCGGGUUCAGCAUUGCAGCUCAGAUCACUCCCGCCACUUUAUUCGGUGAAAACACCCAACCAACCCUCUGCAGCACUGUUGAUGUUCUUCCACAGAGGGUGCGGAUUGUUUCUAACACAUCACAUUUACCUCCACAAAGCCAAGUGCAUGAUGGCUUUCUCCAUGAACAGUUUGUCAGUAACUCUAAACCCAGUGGAAAUGGACAGCUUUCAAAGUUUGUGGCUGAAUUAAGCGUAGUAAAUUCUCAUCACUGUCCAUUUGAAUGUAGACCUCGAAAGCAAGAAGGUGUCUCUUUAGACUUUACAAAGAUGACCUCUCAGGAGAUCUCUGUUGAUAUUGUGAAAGAGGGCAUGGACAAUUGGGAGUUCCUCAACCCUUUGCAUAAACAGCCACAAGGGGGCACGAUCUUAUACCCAUCAGCUCCUACCAUGAACAGUUCCUUUUUGAGUGAGACUAAACUAGAAAGCCCUCAGAUGGAACAGCUACUUGAGGUGGACAGCUCAGGCCAUCAACUCCAAAUGAAGGCCAGGAGCUUCAGUGCCAAAUCUAAGCUGGGAGGAUGGAUACUUCCUGAGGAAGAAGUACGACUUUGGGGGGCUCAGAUCCUGCUGGCCCUGGAGAGUCUUCAUGAGCAGGGCAUUGUAUGCCAGGACCUCAACCCUAGAAACAUUCUGCUACGUAGCAGUGGUGAAGCGUGUCUUACAUACUUUGGACAGUGGACAGAAGUUCAGCCUGAAAUCAGCCCAAAAGCAAUGGACCAGAUGUACUGUGCACCAGAAAUUGGAGGCGUGUCAAAAGUCACGGAGGCGUGUGAUUGGUGGAGUCUUGGAGCUUUAUUGUAUGAGCUGCUUACUGGCAUGCCUCUAUGGCAGUGCCACCCUUCUGGCGUUCACCCGCACACACCGCUACAUAUCCCAGAAUUCCUGAGCACGGCAGCCACAUCUCUUCUCACAGAGCUUCUCCAGUAUGAUGCGUGUUAUCGUCUGGGAUCUGGAGGAGGGGGUGUGAGUGACAUCAAGUGUCAUCCGUUCUUUAACAGCGUCCCGUGGCUCACUCUCAACAGUUAACUAACGCUGUAGAGUACAGUGACUUUAUAGAGAAUUCACCCCGUCCAUUCUUUCUGCCUAUUACACCUCCAAAUGUUGCAAAGUGAGCACAGCAGGAAUAAUAAAUGGAUGUGAAUCCUUUCUAAAGCUGUAAUGACAUCAGAACAUUGAAAGUUAUAAAGAACCAUGAGGUCUCAGGAGGAUUGAUGCAUUCGUCAUCACAUCAGCACCUGCAGUGGUCAAUUUAAAGUCAAAUUUCUGGAAAAUUUAUUUAAGCUAUAAGGUUGUCACAACGAUGUCCUUACUUGCCCCAAGAGCAAAGUAAAGGGAAUGUAAACAUACAUUUUGGGCAUUAAAAUGCCUUCUGGUGUAAUGCAGACUGGAAAAUCCAGCUUAAGAUGGUAACUGUGUUUUGGAACAUGGUAACUGGUUCAGGCUGGUCCAAGUUGGUCAUGAGCUGGUCCGAGCUGGUCCUUAGCUUGUCGACCAGCUACCAUGUUCCAAAAACCAGCUUGACCACCUUGAGUUGGUAUGACAAUCUGGUAGUUGGUCUCCCAGCUUGGACCAGUUAAUGACCAGCUACCAUGUUCCAAAACACAGAAACUAGUUUAAGAUGGAUUUUCCAGCAGGGCAGGUAAAAUGCAAUAUAACUGAAUGGCAAAACAUUCAACUGUGUUUCAAGCAUGCAGAAAUUCUAACAUUUUUUAUGAUUUAUAUUUUGAAUAUCACUUAUUGAACUUGUGUGACUGCAUUGAAUAAAAUAAUUCAUUUCUU